GUAGCCACUCCCGACAACCGUAAUAAUUAACAUCGAAUAACAAAAAGUUACCUUACGAUCGAGGUAGGAAAAUGAAAACAGAAUUAGUGCUAGCUAACCAACGACUUAAGAAGGUCAAAUACAGACAAAUAUGUGUUGGAGAAAAAACGGCAGAUGUCAUACAUAAAAGAAUAGGAGAUAUUCAAUAAAUCUAUUUUGGAAUUGCAAUUACAAAGCAAGCUAAAUAUAUCUGUAAAAAUAUAAUAUACCUAAAAUGAACGUCUGCCGUACCUAGAGAAUUAUAAAAUAGAACCAAGCUUGUAAUAUCCCACAAAGACAACUUAUAUGGAAAAUGCACUAAGAAUAACAUUCCUAUUAAUUAUCUGGAACGUAAAUCUUCCCUAAGAUGUGUAUACUCAUAGAGCCGCUUACCGUCUGAUAAACCGGCACGUCCAUAAGCCAACACUUGGAAUUAGAGCUGAAGGAAUUUCAUCUAGAUUGGAACAAAGAUAAGUGUACUUAAUUAAUGUUCUCAUUUAUAGACCGAAUUGUGUUCCGCAAUAUAUUAUAUAUUUAUUCUACAUUUGUUGUUAAGCAUUAGAUUAUUUUUUAACUUCCCUUAUCAUAUCUUUUACUAUCGGUUGUGUCUACACAACAAAUAAUAUUUUGUCAAUUUUUCAUCUAAAUCUCAAUGCAUGUAAGGGAACAUAAGUACUUAUAGACCUAGAGCAUUGGUCUCUAUAGGGUUCAUUACAUAAUAACUUAGGUAUUGUGGUAGAUAAUAUACAAGUAUAUUAAUACGGUAUUAUGAAGAAUAUCAUCUGGUUCUGUUGACUAGCACUCACUAUUGUUUUUCUGUCUCUUUAUUGUUUGUAUCUGAAAGAAACGUAAACUCAUAGAAAUCAUUUAAUAGUCGGAAACUUUUACGUUAUCUGCUUAUAUCUUGGCAACCAAAAUUUUAACAUUACUCAUAUUCAUUAUUUAUAUUAUUAAUUAAAUUUUACUAUUAUAUAUUCAUCUUGCAAGCCAAUGUUUUACAUUAUUAUACAUUAUUUAUAUUUUUAGCUAGAAAUUUUACAUUAUAUAUAUAUACAUUAGUUACCAAAAUCUUACUUUACAUAUAUCUAGGUAUUUUUUUUACACAAUAAAAAUAAGGUAUACCUAUUGGGUUUGUAUCAUUUCACCUGCACCUGAUAUCUCUCAACUACAUGGGUUCAUACAAUAUUUUAUUUCAGGAUUAAGUUAUUUGGUUUGUUUAUAUCUUUCUCCUUAUUUCUCUCUCUCUCUCUCUCUCUCUCUCUCUCUCUCUUUUCUAGUCUCCCACACUGUUCUAUCAACGAAGUAAAGGCUCUAAAAGGCAUUUACUUCUGGCGCCCACCUUUGGUUUAUUGAUCAUAGGUCAGUUCUUUUCUUUUAAGUAUUUCAUUACUUUUUAAUUUUUCUGGUUUCUUCCUUUAUCACUAUCUCUUUCUCCCCUAAACAACAGCACGAAAAUAAGCCGAUCUCCACUUCCUGAGCUUUUACGUCUCAUCCUCCUCCUCAUAAUUAAUUUGUUAUCUUCAUUCUAAUUUUAACUUGUUAAGCCGUUUCUCACUACUCCUUUCUCUUCAUCAAUCAAAUUUUAGUAUCAAAAAAAAAUAUAACCCUACUAUAAGGGUUACAAAGUGGCGAGCCCAUCGUGGAGCUGUUGUUUUUCAUUUAGGUGGUGAUUUAGUGUUAGUUACACUACAUUCUCUCAUUCAAUUUGGUUAUUGCGAAUUAUCACUUACAGUUUGUUUGUUGUUUUGGAAUAAAAAAAAAAAGAAAAAGUUGAUAGUAGCAGUGUAUCAUUUUGUUUUUUUUGAGAGAGUAUACAGGUGUAAGGGAAAUUAUUUUAGAAUUGAGGAUAUAGCAUUAAUUGUUGGGUGGUAUACGAACAUAAGUUAAAAGGUAAUAUAAAUGUUUAUUGAAGGUGACGUUAAUAUUUAAUAAACUGAAUUUUUACAUUUUUAUACGUUACAUAUUUUUUGGUAUCUUAUAAUUAUUAUGAUAUCCUGUACUGGCACUUGUAUCCACACAAUUAUAUAUUUUGGGUUAUAGGUAUAUGUUUAUUAGGUUCUGAUUUCUAUCUCAAUUUUAGAUUACUGUAUGCGAUUAAAUUUGCGGGCUUUGUGCCAGUUGUAAAAUUUUUUUUAUUGAGUUUAUCUAUCUAACCUUCAUUGGGGUGUUUUGUCUUGAUACUGAAAGUUUCUUUUUUAAAAUGUCCACUUUUAAAGUUGAUCAUUUACUGGUAAAAGAGUUAGAUUACGAGCUUAAAAUCCGAAGUAUUGAUGUUACUGAAUAUCCUACCGUCGAGGCUAAACGCAAAAUAUUGCGUGGAGCUCUGCGACAGGAGAAGGAAAAUAGGAGUUUUCGGCAAAUUUCUUCCUCCUGUAUUCCCUUUGACAAACAUAAGGAGGAGAUUGAGGACACACUGAAAGACCUUACCCAGAAAAUCGGGAUAUUCAGGGGUACAAUACUGGAUCCUACCUUUGCUAGAUUGUCGUCUAGAGUAGCUCAUUUAUCUGAACGAGUAAGUCGCUUAGAGUGUGAUACCGAUGAACAGGAAUUAUACCAGAAAACCGUCGCAGUCAAAAUCUUGGAUAUUGAAGGUGACCUCGAUGCUCGGGGAAACCCAGCUGCUACCUCCACUCCAAAUGCACCCAUACACAAUGCGUCACCCUUCCCAUUUUCUAAAUCUGCCCAAGUUCAUAAAUGGGGUAUUUCUUUUUCUGGUACAGGUGAUCGUGAUACUGUUGUCGCUUUCUUAGAGAAAGUUGAAUGUUUGCGAAUCUCUAGAUGUAUUCCAGAGGAUGACUUAUUUGCAGCCUCCGCUGAGUUGUUUACCGGUCCUGCGUUCACUUGGUUUAUGAAUAAUCGCUCUAACCUUUCUUGCUGGAAAGAUCUGGUGCAAAAACUUAAAGCUGAUUUCCUACCAUAUUCCUACCAAGAUGAUCUUUUGGAUGACAUUAAAAAGCGGAAACAACUCCAGAAUGAACCCGUUACUAUGUUUAUCAACAACAUCCUUGGGUUGUGUAGUCGUCUUGACAUUCCUCUCACGGAAUCCGAAAAGGUAAGAAUCAUCAUGAAAUCUUUGUUACCCUCAUAUCACUCUCAACUAGCUCUUGUAGAAAUCCGUAGUAUCGACGAACUUACCGAAAAAUGUAAGCGGUUAGAAGAAACAUUUUCUUGGUCUAAUCAACCCUCAACUGUAGUUUCGUCUCGUCCUUUCCCGUCUUCUAGUCAGAAUUCCUUUUCACGAAAUCGAUCAUGGCAAAAUAAAGUACCGAAACACAAUGUAUCUACCGUUACCUCCACGAUCGUAUGUUGGAAUUGUUAUACUCAGGGACAUGCCUUCUCUGCAUGCCCAAACCCCAGAUUGCGUCCCUUUUGUUUUGGGUGUGGCCUUGAAAAUACCACUAAACCCAACUGUAGGAAUUGUCAGGGAAACGGUCGUUUAGAGGAUUGUACCCUGAGCCCUCCUCUGACGGUCUCUCCAUCAGGGAAUUCCGUAACUUCCAUAAACAAUACAGGACUCAACACGUCAAGCCCUCCCGUACCUUCUACCAGUCGAAAAGGGAAAGGUAUUUCGUCCAAAAAGACAACAACUUCAAACAACAACCUAUCUCAAGAUUAAGUUAUCUGAAGCAGACACCCUUUAAUGUCGAAUCAGAUAAUGAUAGUGUUUCUUUCUCAGUAUCUUCAUUAAAUCUCCCAUCUCCUGGUCUCGAACAAGAACUUAACACUGCGUUAAUUCCGUUACCUUUACCUUCUUCCAGAAAAAUUAAGGAAGGAGAUACCUGUCUACCUAUAUCUCAAUAUUCUGGCAACACCAUAGUGAUUGAUAAAACAACCUUAGAUUUAAAUUCUCUAUUAGUUAGGAAACAUAACGAUAAUCGUCCGUAUCUCCCUAUCGAAGUAUUAGGUCAAUCUUGUUUAGCACUUCUAGACAGUGGUUCAAACAUAUCUUUACUAGGUUCUUUAUCUCUUCGUUUAAUAGACAACGAUAAAGUCAAAGUUAACCCGAUUUCUUCUCUUCAAGUAUCGACUGCUGAUGGCACUGUACAACCCAUCACGGGAAAAUUCGUAACAGAAGUCUCUGUAGCGAAUAUACGCCGAAAUGUUACUUUUUAUGUUAUCCCCUCAGUGCAAAAUUCAGUUAUCCUUGGAAUGGACUUUCUUAAUGUUUUUAAUAGCACACUUAACUGCUCUGAUUUUUCUAUGUCUAUAUCUUCAUUUAAUAUUUCGAGCUUGAAUGCCGUACAAGAUUUUUCUAGUUUAUCAAAUGAGGAACAAAAUCAGUUACAAGAAACUAUCUCCAAGUUUAAUUCUAUCUCCUCUACGGAUAAGUUAGGCCGUACUACCUUGCUUUCCCAUUCUAUUGAAGUGAAUAAUCCCACACCAUUUAGGCAAUACCAAUA